AAUUGGCCCACAAUCAAAACACCUGCUGGCAUUUUCCCGUGCAGCUUAGGAAAAUGUAACCGCGUGAGUCUAAAUUGCGCCUCGUUAGCCGCAGAACCACUCGCCCUCGUAUCCAUCACCAGCACAGACAAAACCUCUAUUUUAUCCUCUUCUAGCUUGCAAUCCUUGAAUUUUCAGUAUUUUCAUGGCAACAGUAGGCCUAAGUUCAAUCUCUUUCAGAUCCAGAAACCCUAGAAAUCCCCUCACUUCCAAACAACUCUUUCCAACUGAAUAUCCAAAAUGCACGCUUCGUGCUUCGGCUGAUUCCGCCCCGAAAGCGAAAUUCAUUGCCAGACGUAGAGAGUCCGUUUCGGUCCGGCAACUCGGCCGCCCUCUAGUGGAGUAUAUGAGUUUGCCAGCGAGUCAGUACUCAGUGCUGGAUGCGGAAAGGAUAGAGAGGGUAGACGAUAACACGUUUAGGUGUUACGUGUAUAGGUUCAAGUUUUUUGCGUUUGAGGUUUGUCCUGUUUUGCUUGUUAGAGUUGAAGAGCAGCCUACUGGUUGUUGCAUUAAGCUUUUG